AUGGUUGAAUUGAAGCAGAAAAUCAUCAACCCUCUAUCUAAACUUUCAGACCGCGACACCCACCAAUUAGCUGUAGAGGACCUUGAAAAAAUUAUAAACUCACUAUCAAAUGACGGUGUUUCGAUGCUCCUCAACUGCCUCUAUGACGAUGGGAAUGAUUCGAAACUCGCAGUGAAGAAGGAGAGCCUCUGUCUCCUUGCCAUUCUCUGCGCUACGCACUCGGAUCCCUACGCGACCCACUUGACAAAAAUAAUUGCCCACAAUGUGAAGAAGCUCAUGGACUCAAAUUCAUCUUUGCCUGCGUUUCAAAAGUUCUGCCCGAGGGUGUGCAAAUACAUGAAUAGCCCCAAGAAUGAUGUGAAGUGA